GAUACUACCUAGCUCAGCGCGCGUCAAAACACCGUUUACCGGAGUGGGCUCAGCUACAUACAUAGUACUCAACCACGUCUAUAUCGAGAAACCGGCGCAUUAAUCGCAACGACACGUGGUUGAGAGCCUUCUUACGCGCUUUCCGGUCUUUUUCUCGCUCUAUUUUUGUUGCCAGGUGGCUGGCAGCACAGACAGUGAGAGAUGAGGAAAUUCACAUUCAAGCCUUUCAAAGGCGAUAAGACGUCUUCUGCAGAUGAUUCAGCAGAACCUCGAAACCAAACACAGAGACGAAGAGAGCAGGUUCGCAAAGCACAAAAAACCCACCGCGAACGAAAGGAAGCAUACGUCGUGUCACUAGAGACCGAAGUCGUGCGCCUUCGCGCCAACGAAGCACGCUUGGAGUCGGAAACCAAAGCGCUGUAUGCCGAAAACAAUGUGCUGAAGAGGCUCCUGACACAACAUGGCAUUCCAGUGCCAGCAGAAACUUUGCAAGGACGUCCCAAUGACAUCGCCCAUGCAUCCUCCAUCAGCCCGGACAACUACUCAACCUCCUUCUCAGACGCAGCAACAGACGACACCCUCACACUAUCGAUAGCGCAAGAAGACCCCAGCGCCAAACGAAAAAACCGUCGAAAACAAAUCUACAUCCAGCAGCCACAAGCCUUACCUAGACUCAACCCAUCCUCCACAGCCAUCAACUUCUCCCAACCCAUCUCACCCCCCUCUUCCGGCUCUCUACCAUCGCACCUCGCCUCACCCAUCAAUCCCACUCCAACACCAACGGCCAAACUUAGUACGCUGGACCCCGAAGCCCUAGCCAUGGACUUUGUCCUAACCCUCGAAUCCCCCUGCCUCUCCCACAUCGACGUCGGCCCGCCCUCUUCCCCGCAGCACUCCCAUUCGCACUUUACAGAUCCAGGCACAGCCCUAACAACAUCUACCGGCCAUGCCCUCACCCUCUCCGCCACCCUCCUCCACACACACCCUUCCCCAGCCGGCCAGCGCCUCCACUCGUCUAGCGCCUGGCGCGUCCCCCGCGCCAGCCUCUCGCAACUACUACAGCUGUCUGCCCAGAUCCCGCUAGCAGACGAUGAAGUGACACCAAUACAAGCCUGGGAGUUUGUGCGGCAGCAUGAGGGGUUUGGGGGGUUAGAUUUUGCCCGCUGGGAGGUGCUAAAGGAGAAGUUAGUCGCGGCGGUGAGAUGUUAUAAGUUUGGGGGUGUGGUGGCGAAGGAAGUGCUUGAAAAUAGUGUUUUUGAAGCGUUUGUGGUAGGGAGGGUAUUUUGAGGAGUGUGCGCGGGCAGGAAGAAGCAAGAAUAGAGAAUGGAUCAAGAGAGUGAACAAGAAAGGUGUGGAGCAUUGAUCAUAGAGGAUGGAAUAUUGAUGCAGUUUAGCGUGCUUUAUUCAUAGAUUUGUAUAGUUGACUUAGGCCAAUACCUCUCUUCACGAGUUUAUGAAUACAUUUUGAUAUUAGAAUGCAUAGCUAGUAAGGAAAGGAAUUCAGAGAGAC